AUUUCAAAAGAAAAGCAAAAGGCAAUUCAAACAUAAACAUCAGUGGGUUUCCAACUUUAAAUCCACCUAAACCUGCUUUUCCCAUUCUCAAAAACACCAAAGGGUCCCAUCCCAUUCUACCCCUGCAUAAAUCAAAAGCCUCUCUCUUUUCUUUUCAAUUUUUCCAUAUCCCAAAUAUUUAAAGAAACUACAAUUUUCCAAUCUCUAUCUUCUCCCUCAAUACUACUUACUUACUUGUCAAAAGAUGCUUCCACUUCCACCUCCACAAUCCUCAGUACCAAUAAUAUCACCACCACCUGAAAAUCAAAAAACAUCAAAUCAAGCAGCAAGAAGCCAAACAAGUACAGCACUAUUACUACCACCAAAUUCUGAGAGCAAAAGAUCAAGAAAGCAACCAGUAUUUAUCCACCACCCUCGGCCUCGCCGGACCAACCCAAUUGUAUGGUUUGGUGCUAUUUUGUGUCUCAUAUUCAGUCUUGUUCUAAUCUUCUUUGGUAUUGCAACUUUGAUUAUAUACCUUUCAAUUAAACCAAGAAGCCCGGUUUUUGACACUCCAAAUGCAAACCUGAACACUAUUUACUUCGACUCACCGGAGUAUUUCAACGGAGACCUUACCUUCCUAGCAAAUUUUUCCAAUCCAAACCAGAAAAUUGAUGUUAGAUUUGAGUAUGCGGAGAUAGAGCUAUACUUCUAUGACAGACUGAUAGGAAUUCAAGCUCUUCAACCUUUCACACAAAGGCGACGAGAAACAAGGCUAGAGUCAGUUCAUAUCAUAUCAAGUUUGGUCUAUCUCCCACAUAAUUUUGCUAUAGAACUUCAAAAGCAGGUACAGAGUAACAAAGUCAUCUAUAACAUUAGAGGAACUUUCAAAGUGAGAGCUAAUCUGGGUUUGCUCCAUUAUUCAUACUGGUUGCAUGGAAGAUGUGAGAUAGAGAUGACAGGUCCACCAACCGGGGUUCUAGUAGCCCGGAGUUGCAAAACAAAAAGAUAAAGAAAGCACAUAUUUUUCACUUUUAUUUUUCCUACUUUGUCUCAAUUGAAAUCUGAAUACAAAAUUUGAAUUCAAAUUGCCUGAUGCUAGCAAAGGUACAGAAUAGUCUCAUUUCAAGUCAUCAAUUUGCUAAUUAUUCUGGCAAUUCGUGAUGAGCCCAGUAAAAUUCCAGUCCAGAACUCAAGAUACCAAUAAAAGAAAAGAAAAGAAAUGAAAAAGAAAGAUGGAGCACUCCAGUCAUGGGACAAGAUAACACCACAAAUCAAGUGAACAGCAGUUGAUUCCUUCAAAAUUUUAAGUUCUAAUUAUCUUUAUCCCAAGCAAUUUGAAAAUUUUAUGAUUCAAAGCACAUGAACCUACAAAUAUGGAAAGGACCAGUUUGAUCCAAAGAAGGAUCAACAAAGAUUCUUAAACUGAUUCCCUAUUAUUGUUUUUGUUUACUUUAUCAUUUGUUAUGUAUUUUACCAUCUUUUCUUUAUAUGAAUAAAUUCAGAAUCUUCAGAA